UGUACAGUUCAAACUUGUUGCGACGUUACCUCUCUGUUGACUGAUUUGACUGAAGACCGUUUACUGUUGUUCUUUUUGUUCCUUUUGAACUACGAUGUCGGAAGAAGAUGACUACUCUAAGUUACCUUUGGAGGAUAAACUUGUUCACAAGGUUUGGAAAGUAAGAGUACAAGGUUACGAAGAAGUGUGCAAGCUUUUCAGGCAGCAAGACAGCGAGAAGAGUCCAGUAUUCAGCAAAUACGUUGGAUUCAUAAAAGGCUUUAUAACUGAUGCAAACGCGGUCGCACAAGAGAAGGGGUUAGAUGCAGCAUUAUGUUUCAUCGAAAAUGCUACCGUAGCGGAGAGAGUUUGUGCUGAUGUGGUAGCUGGUGUUGUUGUGAAGUGUCUCAAUGCUCGUCCAAAGUCGAAGAGCAAAGGCAUGGCGAUUUGUUUGUCAUACAUUGAGAUAGAGCAGGCUGCAGUCACAGUGGAGGAGUUGCUGAAAGGUGUAGAGAAUAAGCAGCCAAAGAUUGUAGCAGGGUGUUUAGAGACAGUCACACACGCUAUCAAUGAGUUUGGAGUUGCGGUGAUUAAUAUUAAGCCAGUCAUCAAAGCUCUACCCAACCUGUUUAACCACAGUGACAAGACUGUUCGUGAGCAAGCGAAGUUAUGUGCAGUAGAGCUGUUCAGAUGGAUAAGAGAUGCAGUCAAGCCAGCAUUACAAGGCCUUAAACCCGUGCAGUUAAAGGAGCUUGAAGGCUUGUGGGAGGCUGUCACUGAACCUGCUUCUCCUACUCGUUUGACUCGCUCUCAACAGGCUAAACUUCAGACAGCAGCUGAACCUGUGACGUUAGAUUCAGCGGCUGCAGAAGCGUCUCAUGAUGCAAUGGUUACAGCAACCGCAGUCACACCGGUUGAUCCCCAUGACUUAGUGGAUGCUGUUGAAGUGCUGUCAAAGUUGCCAGCUGACUUCUAUGAGAACGUGGCAAAUCCAAAGUGGCAGAUACGAAAGGAAGUUCUUGAUAACCUCUUGACGUGUGUACAACAACCGAAACUUGAAUCAGGUGACUACUCAGAGUUGGUCAGAGCUCUAAGACAAGUAAUUUCAAAGGACACAAAUGUAAUGAUUGUGACUGUGGCUGGGCGUUGUGUGGAGAGCUUGGCUAGAGGUUUGAGGAAGAACUUUCAACCAUAUGCUACUGCCAUUACUGUAGCCAUGCUGGAUAAGUUUAAGGAAAAGAAGCAGAAUGUGGUGUCAGCUCUUCGUGAUGCAGUAGAUGCUGUUUAUCAAACAACAAGUCUUGCAGCAUUACUUGAGGAUGUGUUGCCAUUUCUUGAGAACAAGAACCCGUCUGUGAAGGCAGAGACUUUGGGUUAUAUGGCUCGCUCAUUUCUGUACUGUACGCCCGCUCACUUGCCAAAAGCAACGUUGAAACAGAUAUGUCCACCAGUCAUUACUAGAAUGGAUGACACCAGUCCUCAAGUACGAGAAGCAGCAUCCGAAGCUCUAGCCACCAUUCUCAAGAUUGUAGGUGAUAAGCUAAUGUCCAUAUACAUUGAAGGUCUUGACAAAGGAAAAGAGGCAAAAGUGCGCGAGGCGAGUGCUAAGGUUGAACUAAAAGUCCAAUCAGCAGUCAAGGCAAAACCUUCUGCAUCUUCAGAUGUAAAGAAGUCACAGAAAGCAGUUACAAUGUCCGUUCCAUCAUCAAGUGAGGAUACCUCUGCACCCAAAAGUGAGGAGGCAAAGAAAGUCGUAAAGAAACGACCCAAAAUGAACAUUGAAACUGCAAAGAGUAAGAAGGAAACUGAAAGUGAAGGUGAUGUGAAAGUAGAAAGUGCAACUAAGCCUCGUUUGGGUGCAAAACCAUUGAGUGCACAUUCAUCAUUAGCUGUCAAACCAGCUGCUGCAAAAGGAAAGCGUGGUGGUGGAUCUGCUGUUGGAGCAUUCAAGGACAAACCCAUUCCUUCAGAACCCGGCUUAUCAAGUGAAGAGAUUGAGGCUAAAGCUCAGGAGCUUGUUCCUGCUAAGGUUUUAUCUGGUCUUGCAAAUGCAAACUGGAAGGAACGAUUGGCUGCUUGUGAGCAAUUCAAGACGGCUUUACUUGAUAUGGCUCCUGAUGAAAUCAACUCUUUAGUGUUUGUCCAUACUUUAGCUGGCAAGAAACCAGGAUGGAAAGACAGCAACUUUCAAGUGAUGAAGGCUCGAUUUGACCUAGUAGCACUUAUUGCACAGAAUGCAACUGUUUUUGGAAAGAGAAGUGCUGCAUGUGUUGUGCCAGGACUUGUAGAUAAACUGGCUGAUGUCAAGAUUAAGCCACAGUCAAUAGAAACUCUCAUGGUGCUCAGCGGAGUGAUGUCACUGAAUUAUGUUAGCUUGCAGGUCAGUAAACACUCUAGCGAACAGAAGAGUCCCAAAGUCCAGGCAGAAGCUCUGAGUUGGCUUGGUGAGGCAAUCAAGGCAUUUAGCUUGAAGAUCGAAAUAAAGCCACAUAUUGACUACGUCAAAACAAUGCUGGCAGCAACAAAUCCAGCUGUUCGUGGUGCAGCCAUCUCACUGCUUGGUGUGAUGCACAUGUACAUGGGCUCACAACUCAGAAUGUUCUUAGAAGAUGAGAAGCCAGCACUAUUGUCUCAGAUUGAUGCAGAGUUUGCUCGCGUUGCUGACACAUCACCUCCUAAUCCUACAAGAGGAGCCUCGGAAGAAGAGAGAGAAAGUAAAGAAGGUGCUGUGGCACAAAAAGUGUCUAUGGCAGAUCUGAUGCCUCGUACAGAUGUGAGUGGCAAGUUUAAGUCAGAUAUCAUCAAGGGAUUAGGCGACAAGAACUGGAAAGUUCGUGCAGAGAAUCUAACAAAGGUGAGUGAGAUACUGUCAGCUGCAAAGUUUAUUACUCCGGCAUUGGGAGAUCUACCUCCUGCACUGAAGGGACGCCUUUCUGAUUCAAACAAGAAUCUGGUUGUCACUACUCUGGAAAUUGUUAGCAACAUUGCUACAGCAAUGGGCUCUCCUGUAGCCAAAUAUCUCAAAGCUUGGGGACCUGGAGUCAUAAAUGUUUUGUCAGAUGGAAAGCCUCAGGUACGAAGUGCUGCCAUUGCAACGAUGAAUAAGUUGUUUGAUGAAGUGACACUUAGUCCAUUUAUUGAGACGGAAAUUAUCAGCAAUGCUUUGACAACAGAUAAUCCUAACUUGAAAACAGAGUUACUUCAUUGGCUUGAAGAGAAGCUGCCUGAAGCAGGAAAUCUUCCACCUGAAUUUAAUCUUAUUAUUUCACCAGUCAUUUCAUGCCUAGAGGAUAGAAACUCUGAAGUAAGGAAACGGGGCCAGACUGUUUUGCCACAUAUCAUGUCACAUGUUGGCUACACUGCAAUGGCUAAGGCAGCUUCAAGACUUAAACCGGCAUCUAAGCAAGUGGUCAUGGCUGUGCUUGAGAAGAGCAAACAAUCAGCUAUGUCUUCUGCUACUGUAGCAAAGGCUGAAGCUUCAGCUCCAUCAGGAAUAAAAUCGAAAGGUCCUACUGUCGAGGAGAGUAAGAAGCCUGGAAAGUCAGGAGAUUCAAGAGCAAAGAGUAGUGUAGGAGGAAAAACAAAACAGCCUGUGAGUGUUGGAAGUGUGCCUGCAUCAAAGGCUGCGAUUGAUGAGGACAGUGGACCUCCACUGGUGGCAAGCAACAAGGAAAAAAGGCACAGAGACGAAGUUGCAUUAAAAGUUUUGAAAUGGAACUUUACUGCUCCGCGCGAUGAGUGUACUGAUCAGCUUAAGGAUCAGCUUCAGCCAUGUUGCAGCAAGACGUUGUUCACACAACUCUUUCAUGCUGAUUUCAAGCAACAUCUUGCAGCUCUAGCAACACUCUCUGAGUGUGUGGGGUCCAGUCCAUCUGAAGUCGUCUCUACUCUUGAUCUCAUUCUGAAGUGGAUCACGCUUCGCUUUUUUGACACAAAUACGACUGUCCUUGUCAAAUGUUUGGAGCUUCUCCAAACUCUUUUUUCGUUUCUCUCAGACUCAGACUACCAGCUGCUGGACUUUGAGGCUGCAUGUUUCUUGCCAUACUUGAUCAUGAAAGUUGGAGAUCCUAAGGAUGUCGUGAGAAAGCAUGUGAGGCAACUUUUGAGGUUGAUGUGCAAUGUUUAUCCUUCGGGAAAGAUGUACAAUUUUAUUCAUGAUGGCCUCAAGUCUAAGAAUGCAAGACAGAGAGCAGAGUGCCUGGAGGAGAUGGGAUGCCUGAUAGCUCGCUAUGGGACAAGCGUUUGUCAACCUACAGCUGCUAAAGCUCUACCUGUGGUUGCACAAAAUAUCGGUGAUAGAGACAGCACUGUCAGAACUGCUGCCCUUAAUGCUUUAGUUGAAGUUUAUAGACUGGAGGGAGAUAAAAUAUACAAGCUGGUUGGACAGCUGUCUGACAAAGAUAUGAGUCUGCUUGAAGAACGGAUUAAACGAUCAAUUGGAAAACCUGCAUCAUCUACAACUGCUCAAGUUGCUAAAUCAGCUGUAGUUGAUAAGGCUGGAGAUGUGAAACAAUCAAGACUUCAAUCACCCAAUAGGGAACCUUCUCAGUUAACCCAAGUUAAUCAUUCAUCAGCUCCUGCAAAGGCCACUGUUGAUGUGCAGUGGGAUAUCAAAGAGGAAGAUGAAGAUCUUGUGCCUCCACCUUUACCAUCAAAAGCAACCUACAAAGAGUAUGAAGAAUGGAUAAAUCUUUCUCCGAUAACAUACACUGCAAAACACAAAGAAGAGUUGUGGUAUCAACAGAAAACUUACCAAACUUCUUUGCCAUCUCACGACACUUCUCAUGUUGCCAAGUCAUUCAGUGAAGUAGCUUCACCUUCAAGAAAUGCUGCAGUGGAACAACCGGGAGAAUCUAGUAGUUCUGGCAGUCAAGACGCAUUGAGCUUUGUAAUAUCACAGAUCUCAAGUGAUAACAUGACAACGAGUAGGCAGAGUUUGAAACAAGUUCAAGAGCUGUUGCGGAAAAGGGAUCAAAGUAAAGAAGUCGUAGGCCGUGUUGAUCAGAUCGUACGUGUCAUUACUCUUCAAGUGCAGGUUACUGUGAACACACACUUGCUGUCUGAGAAUAGUCGUGUAAUCAGAGACAAUGUGACCAAAAUGAUGAGACACCUUGCAAACACUCUGUCCAUGUUAUUUGGCCGGUCUGAGUUGGCACAGGCUGCAUCACGUUCUGUUUUGCACAAUUUACUUCGAUGUAUGAUCACGCUGAUGCUGAAUGAGAAUAUGACACUAUUAGAAGAAUCUGCUCAGAUCACUCGAUCUCUCAACUCUCUCGUCUUGAAAGUCAUUGACAAUUCCAACGGAACACACUGCUUUGGGGCUUUGUUUCAGCUCAUGUCUGAUAACUGUGGUGGCGAAGGUAGCAGCUCAAGCUUUGUUGAUUUGAUUAUGAAGUGCCUCUGGCGAAUGGCAAAGGCUUUAACCAAAUCUCAUCAUCAUCUCAAUAUUGAUCAACUCUUUUUUGACGUCCACCAGUUCCUUACCGCUCAUCCUCCUCCUGUUUGGGCAACAUACGCAUCGGAUAUGCCACUCCGCACAGUCAAAACCUUCUUACAUAGGAUGGCAGAGCUUCGAGGCAAACAAAUUCUUGACCAUCUUGCACUUAUACCAGACGGUGCUGAUAGCUAUACUUACAACUAUUUGGCAAAGAGCUUGAAGAUCAAGUCUAACAUUCGAGUAAUACACUCAAGCAAGAAACCUACGCGCAGUGUCAAGGAUGGCAAUUCCAAUGGGCAAACGGCGGAAAUCUUAAAGGACAGAGAAGAUGUACCUGUAGUUCAAGUUAUUGCACCUGAGCAAGCGAAGGAGAGCACAAACAAAGACGAUUCAGUUGCUGGUGCGAGUGUUUGUGCACCAUCUGAAAGUGAAGAAGUGAAGUCUGAAAGUUUGGUAACUGUUGUUGAAAAGACUGUUGGUGCUAGUGAGAGGGUAGAGAAGCCAGUUGCUAGUGGAUCACCUCUGCAACAGAGGAGAAGGGACAACUUGACACCGUGGGCGAAUCUCAAAUUGGGUGAAAUAUUUACUAAGAUUGGAUCAAAGGAGAACACUGUUGAGGGUUUGAAUGAGCUGUAUGAGUUCAAACGGAAGCAUCCUAAUGUCAAAAUUGAUCCUUUCAUGCAGCGGACGUCUAAGUUCUUUCAAACAUAUAUUGAAAGGAACUUGAAGAGAAUAGAAAGAGAGCGGCAAUCAUCCGAAUCAGGUUCAAGUUCCUUGAGUGAUUUUUGUGCUGGACUGAAAAGUCGAAUGGAAGUUCUCAAGUCUGAUUCACUGUCCAAUCAGCCGUUAGUGGAUGAAAUGAAGCUACCUGUACAGGCUCAAAACAGUGUUGGCAAGGUAGAUUGGCCUGAAGAUACUCAGCUGAAGAGUGGUGUAGCACCUACUUCAAUAGCGUCUGUUGCAACUCAGUCGGCAGGAAAUAUGUCUGAUCUCCGGAAGCGACUAGAUCGAGUAAUGGCUAGCACAUCAACUCAUUCGUAGUAUCAGGUUUGCUGUUUUGUUUUGAUUUUUACUUGCUCGAUAGAGUAACUUAGUUGUGUUAGUUUAUGUGUAUGAUUAGUGACAGUGGAUACGUUCCUAUCUAUUAUGACUUUUGCAGGAAGUAUUGAAGUAUUGAAGACUGUACUUUAUGGCACAGUAAUACUGAUACACAAUAUGAA